AUGGCUCCUGUCACCCUGUCAGAACUCUGCAAUUGUAACAAGUGUGAGGAGGUAAAGGUGACUGUGCAGAGAGACACACAGAGCCUGAGGCACAGCAAGGAGGAGCUGAACAGGCUUAACCAGGCCAUCCAGAAGCUGACCGUGGAGCCUUGCAAACUAGAGGGAGCCAAGGACCUGCCAGCUCUGCAGGAGGAGGGUGCCUCAGGCAGUGUUAAGGGCAAGCUGGCCUGGCUGGAGGCCGCCCUGCAGAAGGCCAAGCAGGACAUGGUGAGGCAGCUGCAGGAGUACCAGGAGCUCAUGAUCGUCAAGCUGGGCCUGGACUUUGAGAUCGCCACCUACCGAAAGCUGCUGGAGGGCGAGGAGAGAAGACUUGGCCUGGGAUUGGGGACAGGGAGCGGCUCCCUGGGCAGCGCUUCCACCUGCAGACCCGGGGCAGCUUCGGAUCCUGUCCGACAGCAGUCGGGCUCUGACGCCCUGGAGACAAGCGCCCCUGGCGGCGGUUGCGCGCUCUGCGGCUCCCCAGGCUGUGUUGGGAACUUCAGCUGCAGAGGCUCCGGCAGAUGUUGAACCCUUCCUACCCCACUCAGGAGAAGUCAAAGAACCCUAGCUUUUAUUCCCAAAGACUUAGCCCUCUGUCUCAGAUGCCCCUCCA